AUGCAAGCAACCGGCGAAAUCUCCACAGCGCGUCAAAUACAAAAGCACCUACUGAAAGUGGGUGGGGCGGUGAGGCCAGGUGUGCUGCACGGUCGAUCAUUCCUGUUUUCCUGGGGUAGCAGUAGAUUUCCUGGUCAAAUUCAACCACUGGAAAGCAGUGUAUCCGAAGAGUACGCAUUGUUUAUUAUGGCAAGAAACGAAAAGGUUGGUAAAGCAAUAGCCACCGCUUAUGUGAAAGAUGAACGAGAUAUUCCAGAUUAUGAAUUUCCGGACAGUGGCCAUGUAAAACUAAACUUGACAACAUCAGACAUAGCAGUUCUUGAAGGAGCAGUUUCUGAACCGGAUAUGCGAAGCAAAUCAUCUACGUCGUUAGCAAUGAUGAAAAGGCAAAUUGUGCAAACUCGAUUACUUGCAACAGUGGCAGUACUGCUUAGUUUAGGAUUCGUUUGUCUGCUACUUAAUUGUUUCGUGUGGCAUGCGGUGCGAAAUGCACAAACGGAGCAGGUUCUCUUGGGCAUCUUAGCGUUUAUUAUUGGAAUGUCAACUCGAGAUUGGUACCGGUUACAUGGCGAGAAAUUGACAAGAGCUUUGAAAGCGCUUCUUAACGUCUCCACCAUGGUCAAUUCCCUUGAUACAUCCACAUUCGAUUUCUUUGGUAUCUAUAAGUAUCUCAGACUCAACGGGAAUUAUAUUUUUUUUUCGAACGAUCCAAAAAUUAACGAAGGAAUACCACGAACGCCGGAAACCAGCCCACCGUUAAGUCCUUCGAGCGAAAAAAAAGACGAAACAAGAAGUUUGACAAUAACGAAAUCCUGA